ACCCCACACAUUUCAUCACCCCCACAAUCAUUGAUCGCAGCUUAAAAAGAGCAUCAUAACAACAGUUUACAAUAUGGUGUCGCAUUUAAGUAAUGAUGAGUUCUUCUCGAAACUCGCUCCUCUUUUUGAUUCCCGACGGGAAAAGGAUCAUGGUUCUGUCUUCUUAACACAGAAAUGUUAUAGUUAUGACUCAGCCUCUGAUGCUUCCACAACCGCAGCACCACCUCCCGGCGACGACGUCGACAUGAAUGCUCUCAACGAUGUCCUCACUGCUCAAUUUCCAGACUUUUCACGCGACGCCCCCAUGCCACUUCUCAUCCGUGCGACAAAUGGCAAGGGCAAAUCUAAACGUUCAGAUAAGACAAAACUAUCCACCGUUGUCCAGCCAGAUCAAUUAGAUUCCUUCUUCGCUAGAUAUGCAGAAAUAUGUAAAGGUGGCAUGGGUGCGCUGAAGAAGAGAGAUAGGAGCAAAGCAAAAGAGAAGCUUAAGGCAAAGAAAAGAAAGAUAGGUACCACUUCUGCUGUUGCUCCAGGAGACGAGAAGAAGUGAAGCAAUUGAAGUCAUUUUAUGGUGGACGAAUAAAGUGUCCUGGACUGGAUGUCGAUAUAUCCGGAGAAGUAGCCGAACAGCAUGGUAAAGGGCGUGGAUGUUUUGUUGUUGAUAUCACAGCAUGGCGUCACAUAUAUGGGAUUGCUGCUUUGGCCUCCGUGGAUUGGUACAUAAAGAAGCAUAUACUAAUCUAAUGCCAAAAGGGCAUGUGAGGCGUCUGCCAAGUUGUCGAGCCUCUAUUCUCGAGGAUUAAAUUCAACCACCUAUUCAAUAUUUGGCCAUCCUCUUGCACAAACCUUUAUACUAGAAUGACAACUAGUUAUCACGUCUUGUAUUCUGGAAC